UCAUUUCAGUCUGUAGAGGUGCCUGAGAAAUAUCAUCUCCACUAUGGGUCAGCGCCUGAGUGAGGAAAGUGACCCCGACAAGGAAAUUGACGUGGCAGAGCUGCAGGAAUGGUACAAGAAGUUUGUUGUGGAGUGUCCGAGUGGGACUCUCUUCAGGCACGAGUUCAAGAGCUUUUUUGGCGUCACUGAGAACAAGGAGGCUGCAGAUUACAUCGAAAACAUGUUUCGAGCCUUUGACAAGAACGGAGACAACACCAUUGAUUUCCUGGAGUAUGUUGCAGCCUUGAACUUGGUCCUGAGGGGUAAACUGGAACAUAAGCUUAAAUGGACAUUCAAAAUGUACGAUAAAGAUGGAAGCGGAUGCAUUGACAAAACAGAGCUUCUUGAAAUUGUGGAGUCUAUCUAUCGACUGAAGAAAGCUUGCCAUGGUCAGCUGGAUGAAGAAUGCAAUCUGCUGAGCCCGGACCAAGUGGUUGACCGGAUAUUUGAGCUGGUUGAUGAAAAUGGAGAUGGGGAGCUCUCACUGGAUGAGUUCAUCGAUGGAGCACGAAGGGACAAGUGGGUGAUGAAGAUGCUGCAAAUGGACGUCAACCCUGGGGACUGGAUGAACGAGAGGAGACGCAGUGCGAACUUCUGAGGCUGCAGCAAGGACUGCUGUACCUGGCCUGUGCUUAAUCUGCUUCAUCAUUUUGGUUUCACAUUUAGUGAAGAUACAACUAAGCAGCAGUCUCAAAUUCAUUUAUCAAUGGUGUAGAUCUCCGUCUGUGUUAGAUGUUGCAUUCAUAAGAUACACACUAUUGUCUUUUUUUGUUUUCUGUCACAAGUUCAAUAAAUAUUCUGAACCCCUCGA